UGUUACCUAUCUGGAAUAAGUAUUAUGACUGGAGAUUCUGCCUACAUUAAAAAAAAAAAAACCUCCAAAAAAAUGAGCUUUGUUUCAAUUAAUAUCUGUGUAGGUCUUUGUGCUUUCCAGGUUGGCUUACAUAAAACCCGGUAUUAAGUUUGAAGCAUAUAUCCAGUCAGUCAUAAAAUGUGCAAUUACAGCAGAGCUGUGGUUUAAAUUUAUUCAAAUAUGCUCACAGGCUUUGUCUUGAUGGAUGUUUUUCCCAUUGCAAGAAAAUAAUUUAAUUAAAUAGGAUCAUCAGGGUAAUUCAUACUUGUUCUCGAAAGUUUCCUUGGUGUGAAGAAGCACAUGCUGACCAUCAUUACGUUGAUUUGCACAAGUGAGAUAAAUAUAUAUAUGGCAAAAUAAAUAUAUCCAACAUGGCAUAGGUUUCCUUCCUGGUCUUCACUAAGUAAGUCAAGCAACUGUAAUUUACUCUUUCUAUUCUUAAUACAUUUUCUGCAAAGCAAUGGCUGAUUCAAGUCUGAAGAGACUUUUUAAUUAGUGCCCAGAUCACAUGGACUUCAAGUUUGUAUAUAGUCCUAAAGGAAGUGUGUUUGGACUUGUUUACCUUUGCUGUCCAGUUUCAAUGUCGUUUGAUCAUGACUGUGCCUAUUGUAAAGACUUAUUCCUGUCUCUGUCACAGUUUUUACAGAAGUGGAAGUUUGUUUUGAAUGUGUGAUAGGCACUUGAUAAAUCAGUGAUGAAGUAAAUCAAUUUGAGAACAUUUAUGUGUUUUCACCAGAUGGAAUUGCUGAUUAAAAUUACAAACGCUACUUAAAAGCCAAACUCCAUUAAAGUUUUUCUGUAAGUUACAAUUUGGUCCUUUACUGUAGUGAAACUUGGUGGAAGGAUGGCGGCAUCUGUAUAAACUGAUGAACAGACAUAACUGCAUGUGUCAGCAGUGAAAAUGAUACCAGAAUGAGAAAACUUCAUUCCAUUUUCUUCUCAGUUUGAUGAUCAGUGAUGUCAGAACACUUGGUAUUUCACAGCAUAUUAUUUUUUAGGAUGUUUUCAGAAUUGUCAAAUGCAUCUUGACUUUUUGUAACACAUUUAAAAAUGUCAGUAGAAGUUUCAGAGAAGGAAAGUUUAUUGGCAGUUCUGUUCCUUGGGCAGGUAUGCUUUUCACAGGAUUGAGCUUUAGUUGCAGGGUAAGUUCCUUGAAUACUGAGAAUUUAUGCCUUUCGGGAAGCAAUUUCUAUUCUAAUGUGAAGAAAAUCUGUAUAAUUUCCUGGUUUACUGUGGGAGUCCAACUUAAUUUAGAUAGCAAUUAUUUAAAACAAUUUUAUCAUCUGAAAAGUAUUAUUUUUGGGUGUGGGCUACUGAAGUUAUCUUAAAUGAAACGAGUAAUUUUAUCUUACUGAUAAAGGACUGAAGUAACACUUAAUGCAGAAAGAAUUAAGACUGCUCUUACAUCAUUCUUUAAUUACAGCUGAGAUACUACUUGAAGGUCUGGUAAGGAAAUGUGUACCACUUAGGCGAAGCUAAUAAAACUUUUUUUUUCUAAAUUUCAAAAACUGAUUGAAAUGCUGGAAACCAUGUUCUGCCACAGUGCAACCUCCUAGAGGAGAGGAGGUAUGUGCUGUGUCAGUCCCCCUAUUCACAGUCUUUUAGUGCUAUUGAGUCAGUGCCAUUGCUCCAGGCUUUUUGGAUGUAAUAAAAAUCUGAGGAGUAAAGAAGUUAAAGAAUAAUUGUUUGAAGUCACUUUUGUUGCCUCUUGUGAUAGUGCAAAGUCUGUACAGGUUUUAAUACCCAGAAAGCUGGAAAGCAGCAUAAAAGAUUUGGAAGAUGAUGGUUUGCUGAGGUCAGUCUCAAAAUCUUAUGAGAAGGGGAUGUUGGAAUUACAGGUAGGGUGUUGUACCCAUGCUGGGGGACAUGAUUCAUUAGACUGGAAAUGUUCUGCUCUCACAUUGUGCUGCCUCAUCUCUCUUUCCAUUUCCUGGCUGCUUUUUCCAUUGCUGCAGAGGAGGAAUGACUCAGCUGUUGUCCUUUCUCUCUUAGUGACCCAGUAGCUUCAUUCUCAUCUGGCUGUCACCUUCCCUGUAGCCUCAUGAAGUUUGUGAGAGAAACCUGCCCCUCUUUUUGUUCUGUGUUGACAGUCACAAGUCAGUAUUAAACAAAGCAGCAGGUCUAUACAAAACGUGGAAUAUUAACAGAGGACUUAAAACUCCACAGAGAAUUUCUGGACUGUUAAGAAGUACAGGAAAUUGUAUAAGCAUUCAAUUUGGUGCUUAAGUGAUAAGCACAGUUGUGAAUAAGUCUGAAUAAUAUCUUAAGUGAUAAAGACAGUUCUGAAGUCACUGAGGUAGCUGAACCAAUCUAGCUUUGGGAGAAAGUCUUUGUAAUACUGGAAGUUGCUCUAUAACUGAUCAUGUCUGAAAGUCAUCAAUCUACAUUGUGGUUGAUUAGAUAAGAUAAAAUGCAUAUGUGAGAUAGAAUGCUCUUCAGGUUAAGAAUGUGUGAAAGAAGUUUCAUGCAGAAUUUGCGUAAAAUUGUAAAUACAAUAAACAGAGACUGUGCAGUGUUUCUGCAGGUAGAUUAUAAAUGCUUUAGAAAUAAAUUACCAGUUGCAGCUCAGAGUAAAGACCACUGUAAUACAACAUGAAUUCCAGGCAGGGGUUGUCAUACAGUUUAUGUAGAAAGUUGCAGAUCUCUAGAUUACCUGACUUGCACUGCAUUCAUAAAUAGCUCCUUAGGGUGAUGAUUAUUAAUGGACAAAAAUAAUACCUUGAAUUCUCAAAGAUAACUGUAAAUGAUAAAAUAUUUACACAUGGUGAUUUGAUAUCUAUAAAUAGUUACUCUUUAACCAAGCUAAUUGCUGAUAAUAGCAUGCAACCAUACUGAGAUUGGAGCAUCAAAGAAAAACAAAGGAAAAGUGUAUGUAAUCCUCCAAGGUAGUCUCAGUAGACAUUGUUCAACAUGAUUCUGUUUAUGGAUUUUUUUUUUUUUAGCAAUAUCCUUGUUAAUAUUGAUUUGCAUUUUAAAUAGGAUUGAGUAGCACUGCAUUCCAUCUAGGAUUGUUCAUGAUUGCCAUAUGUCAUUUGUACAGCUGCCAGUUGAGUUCAAUCCCUAGCAAUGUCCCAGGUCAGGGUUCCUGCGAGGGGGAGCAGCGAGCCAGGGCUGCUUCUCAGUCCUGCUUCAUUCAUAGCUUGUACAGAGCAGUCCAGAAAAGCUGCCUCACUGCUGAGUGGCAGAUUGCACUCUGUGUUUCGCAUGAUGGUUGCGUUACUUCCCAGGGCUCUGUGCAAUUUCUGUAACCAUUCCUGUCAAGGAAGGCCUCUUUCCACCAGGGCUCCACUACCCUGAUAAGCACUUUAAUUCCAUGAAAUGCAAACAGUAUCAUAUAGGCCAUAUAUAUUGUCUGGAGCUAUUUGCAGAAUAUAGAAGCUCUUUUUUUUUGUGCUGACCUGAACAUCUGUCUCUGGAAGACAGUAUCUCAGUUUCAAAAUAACGUGGUUGCCUUGCAAUACUAAGUUUUUAUGCUAAAUAUAAAAUAUUCCUAUUUAUUUGAUGUCUGCUACAAUACAUAAACAGAAUAGAUUUCCAUCCUUGCUGUUCUGAACUGUGCUUUGAGGCAGUUGUCCAGCAGAGGCAGUGCAUUAUAUUAACAGGGCCCACUUGCUCCCAGAGCAUACAUUCAGUAAAUAAAUACUCAGUAGCUGCAGCAGGAUGUAUAUACAAAAUUUUGCUUUCAUCGUAGUAUGCCCAUAACCAGUUAUUUUUUCACUGAGUUGCUGUCUUUGUACUCCAGAUAAGAGAUUGAGUUUUGUAAAGUGUGUAGUCUAAAUGUAUACAUCUGCGUCUUGCAGAGUGUGAUACCGACUCACAGAGGUUCAUUUCUGGUGGCUUUAAGCAAAAAUUCUUACACUGGCUUUUGCUAACUAUGUAUGCUCACUGGUAGGGAGAGGAAUGUGAGGGGUUAAUGCUGACUCCUAAAAGAACAGAUGAAGAUGAGAUGCUUUAAUAACAAUACAGCAAGUAUAGCAAAUAAUUGUUUCUUCCCUUGUAUCAAACUCUGAUAUGCAAAUUAAUUGCAGUAAACAGUUAGGCUGAGUGAUGUAAAAUACUUUCCCAGUCUUUGAAGAUGAUACUUUGCUUUGUAUUGUACUGUUGUUGAGUUCGUAAAACAGAAAUAAAGUUGGAAAAGGCAAAUUGGCACUUAUUUGUGGAAAAUCCUGAGAGAUCCUAUAAAUAAACCAAUGUACUAGAAUUUUCUCCAUUACUGUCGCUUAAUUGUUAACAGUAAGUCAACAAAGACAAAAGAUAAUUUAUAUUUUAUAAACAAAAUAUUCUCAGAAUGAAACACCUAAAGAAGUACAUUGUUCUGCACGUAAAAGGAAUGCAUUUCAACAAUGGGAAAACCCCACAUUUUUUGCUGAGUUUUGCCCAUAUCCUAUGAAAAGUGUCAUGCAGGAGUUCCUUGUGUUCAAUCAAGCAGUGAUUGAAUAAGAGUGAAAUAUCAAAAUGAUGCCUCACGUGCCCUGCAGGUUUUUAUUCUGCACAUGCAGUUACAGUUUGCUUCAGUUUUACUUCCCUUAACAAUAAGCAAUGCCAGACCCUUAAUAUUUCUGCCUCACAUAUUACCAGUAAUAUUGUGCUUCCUUGCCCCUCUUCUGUCUCUAAUCUUGCACUAAGAGUAAUACUGGGUAUUAAAUACUACAUUUUCAUUAUUUCACCUUAAACUUAUGUCCCUUCUGAGCUAAUAGCUUGCUAAGAAAUGUUUAUUGUUCGUGGUGAGUGAUUUUUAAAGCCAGUCAGUUUGAAUGGUUGCUUCCAUCACCACACAAACCUGUAACAAACAGCUGGGUAGAUCUUUCAGAAUAAUCUUGGUGAAAAUAAAUGAUGGCUGGGAAAUGGGAUGAAUUCUGUUGAGGUCUCACCUGGAAUGUGGUGUAAAUGACACUAACUGGUUCACCUGGGUAUUUCAUUGGUGGAUUUGCCUGCUGAAAUACGUACAAUUAUUUUAUGUCCUGUGUCAGACUGUUUAAGUGUUACUUGUCAAUCUGCCAAGACAUCUUCACAAACUCCUUUGUCUCCCCCAGUACUGAGCAAAGACACGUUUGGGAGCUCACUAACUCAAGAUGUCACUUUCCAGUAGUUGCCUACUGUCUAAGAGUAGCAGUUCUCUUGGUUUGUUCUCUUGACUGAAUAACUUUGCUAAGAAGAAUUUGAGUUGGCUUGUUUGCAGAGCACUUUAUAAAAAUCUGUGAUGUUGGUUCAUUAACUAAAUCCCUUAUUUAAAAAUACAGAUUUGAUUCAAUGGUACAUAAUUUGAAACCUCUUUGUUCUAGGAAUGGCCUUCACAAUCGGGCACUAAUUUGGCAUAGCACUUGUAAAAGUAUGCUUUAGUCUCGUGUUUGAGUGGACUUCAUAAUUGACAGCUUUUCUAAAUUUAUUUUUCUGUUUUUUUCAAGUGAGAUAAGUCACUGGCUUAGGAGUAGACAGAUAAUUCCUUUUUUGAUUGUAGCAGUGAUGAAGAGAGGUUUACUAUAAAGAUGUAGGUAUUAAACACUCAUCAAAGACAUGCCUUUUAUGCCUUCUAACAUACCACAAGUACUGCAAUGUGGUGCAAGGAUGAAGUAGUUAUAGUGGUGUAAGUUACAAGAAUAAAAGUACUGCAGCUGGUUUUAACACUUUAUUAGAAAUAUUGUUAUAUUCUGUUCUGAAGGGAAAGUUGGAGAAAUUCUUUUCAAAUGGCUUUCAAUAGGAAAUAAAUUUCAAUGUUACUUGAGUGCAUUUUGAGGUGUCCAGUUGUUUUAUUUGUGCUCUAUCAGAAUGUUCUGUUAGACUGCAGAUCAACCAGAUCAGUACCUGGUGCUCCCACCUAAAGAUGGCUGGCUCUUUUCUUGUGUGGACUGUGGUGUUUGUGCAGCUGUAUAGUGAGCCAGAUAGGAAAAGUAAUCUGUCAUGAAAAUAAUCUUUUUUUUUUCUUUUUCUAGGCUUUUUUUUUCAGCAGAAUCUAGUUGUACAGCUGCACAGUGAACAGAUCAGCAAACAAAUGUGCUGGUGUCCAAAAAUGGUUUUGUGGGCAUGGGAAUGAGAGAGUGAAGCUGUGGGGGAGGGCAGCACUGCUGCUUUAAGUGCAACACCAUCUUAAAAUAUUUGUUGAAGUUCAGCUUUGGUUGUAACCAAAACAAUUUGCUUACUUUCAGAAGAAAAAUUAAAUACUAAGAUGCAGCUGUAACUGGUUUAUCUUUUCAAGUAUUCCAGUCUCACAGGUGCUGGUUGGUAUCUUAAUAAGAUCUAAUUGAACAGUAUAUUCAAUACAGAAUAUUGGCACAAAAGCAAAUUGGCUCUGUUAUAAAUUCUGUGCAUUAAUAGGUGUUUCAUGGACUACAUUCAAUUUAUAUAUGAAAGACUGCAAAUUAAUUCUUGGUGAGCAGAACUAGUACUUGCAGAACUUCCAAGUAUUCUGAAGUUUUUAUAUUAUCUUGAGCUCUGAGAAGGAUCCUGUACUCAGCAAUUUCUUACAAAUAACUGACCCUUUGAAGAAGGCUCUCCAGUUUUUUUAUGUUCAGAAUAAAUGCUCCUUUCUGGAUAACUGAGCUGGUAGAUUGCUACUGUAUUAGUUCAAGAUCAUUUUAUUAUGCCUGGGACUUGGCUUUUCAAAUACUUCAAUGUUCAGAUUUUUAGGAAGUAUUCACGGUGAGUUCAGUUAUGCAUAAAUGCUUUCUGUACUCUCUAAGUCUUAUCUGGUAUUAACUUGGCAAACAGGGCUUGCAUCAGUUAGUUACUGGUCUGUUCUUACAAAGUGCCCCUCCUACUGGGCUAUAGGUUUUCUAAUGAAUGAGGUUCGCUGAAAUCCACAAACCUGUUUCACUGAAAUCCACAAACCUGUUUCACUGAAAUUGAAGAAGGAAGAAAGUACAGGAGAUGGGAAACAGAGAUGAAGGUACACAUGCACACAAAAUUUUGCAUCAUUUGUUUGCUGACAUUUAUUUUUCAUCAGUGCAAUCAUUGCCAUGGAGAUGGACACAACAAUGGUCCCAAAAAGGAUCGUGUACACGACCAUAAUGACUAUCAGAUCUCAAAUGAAUCAUACUUCCAGAAUGGAGGAACAGAAUCUAUGCCCAGUAAAUUUUCAACGUUGGAAGCAGAAAAUGAACAAAAAUACUACAUUGAAAAGAUUUUUGAUCGCUAUGGUGAAAAUGGAAGAUUAUCCUUUUUUGGCCUGGAAAAACUGUUAUUAAGCCUUGGUUUGGGAGAGGUAAAAGUAGUGAUGAUAAAUCAUGAUGAUAUUGGCCAUGAUCAUGUUUCUCACUUGUAUGCUUUGGAAGUACAGGAAGGAAAGCAUUUUCAUCCUCAUAACCAUGCUCACAGCCACUCAGAUUCAGAAAACCAGACCACGGUCGGUGUGUCUGCAAAGAGAAAUCAUAAAUGUGACACUGAGAGAGACACGGCGGUGCCCUCGGUGAAGGAGGACGGCAAACACGUUCAUAACCAAAGCCGCCGGCACCACCACCACCACUCGCGCCCGCACCGGCACGAGCACAACGGCACGCGCCACUCGCGCAACGAUUCCGUCAGUCACAGCGACCCCGCGGAGCAGAGCCACGAGCCUUCCACAGAGACAAACACCACUCAGGAGCAGCCAGAACGGAAACAACGCAAACAGAAGAAGAAGCAGAAGAAGAUCAGCGAGACGUCGGGAGACGCGACGUGGGAUUACGCCCCGGAGCACGAUCCCGGCGAUCAGUACGAGCACAACCGUGUUCACAAACACGACCACGUCCACGAUGCCUCUCACUUGCACGUGCACCACCACGACCACAGCGGUGACCGCUCUGCCGGCCACGGCCACCAGGACGGCAGUUUGGGCAGCGCCACCGGGCACCGCCACACCAGCAAGCGAGAGGCCUCGCACAAGCAGAUCAGCGUGAGGAAACACGCUCUUCCUGCGGCACGUGGUCACAAGGAUCAUAGUGAAGAUGAGCACAAGCAUGAAGAGUGCCUAAAUGCUACACAGCUGCUGCGGUACUAUGGUCUGGAAGCCAGCUCCCUCAUAUCUCCUGAGCUCUUCGUGUACCUGUGUCCUGCUUUGCUCUACCAGAUUGAGAGAAGGCUUUGUAUUGUACAUUAUGAUGAGCUGGAAGAUUUUACAAGAAAUAAAAAUGCAUCAGUUGAGAAUAAAGAUAAAACAGGUGCAUCAGCCUGGUUUUGUGGUAUCAUCUCUAUCACCGUCAUUAGCCUGCUUUCCUUGCUAGGUGUGAUCUUGGUUCCCAUCAUUAACCAAUGGUGCUUCAAAUUUCUUCUAACUUUCUUGGUAGCUCUGGCUGUAGGAACAAUGAGUGGAGAUGCACUGCUCCAUCUCUUGCCACAUUCCCAUGGAGGCCACAACCACAGCCACCACCAUGGCCAGGGCCACGUGCACGAGCACAGGCACUCGCACCGGCACGGCCACGCACACGCAGUGCAUGCCGAGGGCUUUCUGGAGGAAAAUGAUCCCGUGCUCAAAGGGCUCUUGGCACUUGGAGGCAUUUAUGUUCUCUUCAUCAUUGAGCAUUGUAUAAGAAUGUACAAACAUUACAAUAAACAAAAGAGUAAGCAGAAAUGGUGCAAAAAACCCCAGACUGAAGAAUCACCAAUUGGAAGGAAACUUUCUGAUCACAAAUUAAAUAACAGACCAGAUGCUGACUGGCUUCAGCUGAAACCCCUUGCAGGAGCAGACGACUCGGUUUUGUCUGAAGAUCGACUGAAUGAAACUGAACUGACUGACUUGGAUGGGCAGCUGGAGCCCCCUGCCAAAAACUACCUGUCCGUAGAAGAGGACAACAACCUGCGCCACUCUCACAACGACGUCUCCCACGCCGCCCAAGAGCACGAGCUGCACGAUUCCGAGUAUGACAGCCAUGGCGAAGAUAAAAUGAUAGCUAGAAAACACAGUCACCACUGGCAUCACAAACAUUCCCAUCAUUCCCAUGGCCACUGUCAUUCUGGAAAAGACCUGAAAGAUACUGGGAUAGCUAAUAUUGCUUGGAUGGUAAUUAUGGGAGAUGGCAUUCACAACUUUAGUGAUGGCUUAGCAAUCGGAGCAGCUUUUAGUGCUGGACUGACAGGGGGAAUUAGUACAUCUAUAGCAGUAUUUUGUCACGAGCUUCCCCAUGAAUUAGGUGACUUUGCGGUGCUGCUGAAGGCAGGGAUGACAGUGAAGCAGGCCAUCGUGUACAACCUCCUGUCGGCCAUGAUGGCCUACAUCGGCAUGCUGAUCGGCACGGCCGUGGGGCAGUACGCCAACAACAUCACCCUGUGGAUCUUCGCCGUCACCGCCGGCAUGUUCCUCUACGUGGCCCUGGUCGACAUGCUUCCAGAAAUGCUUCAUGGAGAUGGAGAUAAUGAAGAGCAUGGUUACUGUCCUGUGGGGCAGUUUAUUCUUCAGAAUCUGGGCCUGCUUCUUGGAUUUGCCAUCAUGCUGGUGAUUGCCCUCUAUGAAGACAAAAUAGUGCUUGACAUCCAGUUUUGACCUGAUGCUGGUAAUCACUGUGGUUCCAAUCUGUUGCUGUCUGGCUUCGAGUCUGCACUGUGUGGCUGUGUGCACUCUGCUCAGAGGACACAUGGUGCUUGCACUGCUUACACAAGGACAGGAGAUUCCUUUCUGCCUAGAGUAGCUUCUGCUUUUCUCUAAUCCCAUCAGAUGAGCUUACCCAACACAACUCCUAAACUCGAGUGAGCGACGUUUAGGAAACCCUAAAUCUGAGAAAUAAGGGCCAAGGUCAGGGUGUUGUAUAGGGAGCACUGCUUGCUAAAGAAAGAAAAAGUACAGGAAAAGAUCUUCUCAUUUGAGAAAAUAGCAUUCCAUUAGUGCACUUGGACAGAAUCCGGUUGUUGCAGCUGAACCUCACACCUGUGCAAGGAACCCAAGGAAACUUUUAGUGCCACAUGAAUCUGGAGUUGCUCAUAGCUCUAUGUAUGUAUAGACCUGUAUAGAUACAGACAGAUGUGCACACACAUACCUGUGUGUGUGCACCUCCGUAUAUACAUUUUAAUCCUGUGCUGAUUUUUCUGCAUAGUGGUGACUUGAAGUAUUCAGUCUUACAGCAGGACAUGGCUGGAAACCACUGUGCUGGCUUAAAUUUUUUAAAAGAAACCCUAAGCCUAAACACUGUUUCAAUUCUUACAAGCUGUGUUAAGCUGCACUCCAUCAUUGCAAAGCUCCUGCGUAAGAAGGCAGGCUGUUGCCACGUACUCUGCAAAGUGUAACUUCUGUCGAGGGUCAGUUUGAUGAUGUUUUUCCCCAGCUGAGAUUUAUUUGAUGUUUGUUCCUUUAUAUUAGUAGGCAAAUGCAAAAUGCAGUAGAAUUAGUGUUAGCUUGGGGAAAUCCCUGACCUUGGAGUUAUUGAGCUGUUUCUGGUUCUUUCUUACAGACGCUAAACAUGUAUUGUGUGCCACUUGCAGCAUAAACUACUGAAGAAUUGUGGCUGUGAAUUUGUGCAAACUCUUUUAACAAGAGAAUCCAUGUGGGAAUUUCUCCAUUUUUUAAAAUUAUUAUUUUGAACUGUUUACUCCUCUUCAUGUUAAACCAAGGUGCAAGAUGCUAGUUGCUGAAGCUGGACACAAGGGUUAAAUUAUGCUCUGUGUAUGUUGUACUGGUAGGGUAUUUACGAUACUGUAACAGCGUAGCAAAUCUGUUCCUACAAUGCCUUGAUAUCAGACAUUGUGACACCAGCCAUUUCUGGCAGUAAAGAAUAUGUAAGAAGAUUUCUACUUCCAGUAUAAAGGAGUUCAUUUCUAUGAUAUUUUUUUACAAUUUUGGUAUUUAAAUUAGAUUAUUAAAAAGCAGAUGUGGUAGAACCAUGGUAUGUGUCAUUUAGAAGAAUAGACUGAAAAUUUGGGCCUUAACUUGCUGGGACCAGCUGUCCUAGAUCAGAUUGUGCUGACAGGCAUUUAUUGCCAGACAUGAGUUAGUUCUUCUUGUACCCAUCUCCUUAA